AUGAGGAACGUGACCCUAAUAUCCACAUAUCUGCACCCAACACUCAGAAAUGGCUUUCGCCAACCAGAGCACAUGUUGUCUGCAAAAGAGAUGGUGCGUCGUGAACUGGGAAAUAUUCUUAAAGAAUUUUCAACUCUCGCUUUAUCAUCGGAACAGCCAGAAGAAACCACAAACAAUUUUAAAAAGCCUGGUAUUCUGGAUUUUUUGCAUUCGCGAAAACUGGAUAUUCCGAACGCCACGACGGCCGCAGUGAAUAUAGUGCGAAUGUAUAUUGAGACUGAAGCCGCCAGAGGAAACCACACCGAAAUUGCUGGCACUUUUUGGAUCAGCAAUACUCAUUUAAGAUCCAGAAGGAGCAGGCUUCUGGAUGACGCAGUAGACCAACUAUGCUUCUUGCAUCAAAAUUUUGAUUUAAUACAAUAG